CACUUCGCAGGGGAAAUACAAUAUUCAGUCGGUGUCGACACUUCAAACGAGAUAGUACUCGUUGCGAAAAUAUUAAAAAAAUUAUUAGAACGAUGAAAGUUCUUGUGGCAAUAAUUCUGUUAGUAUCGCUUUGUGAACUGAUUUCAUGCAGUGGACAUUUCACAGUAAUUGGUGCGAAAUCGGUAAAUCAACAUGGAAAAUACAGCGUCGCAAUUACUUCUCGGUACUUUAAUGAUUCGGACCCUCCGAUCUUAGAAGUAGCCAUUCACAGCAAAGCUGAAAGGAUGACACAAAAUAUUACGUUAACAAAUGGUAAAAGUCAGAGUCUGGAGUUCGAUAUGAACGGUUCUAUAGCCGACGAUUAUGUGAAUUUGACAAUAAAUUGCGUAAGAGGACUGAAUUACAAUGCCAUUGCGAAGUUGAAUUUGAACACUAAAAGUUUGUCAAUCUUUGUGCAAACAAAUAAACCCAUUUACAAACCGUCGGAUGUAGUUAGCUUUCGAGUGCUUGUCUUAGAUGAAAACUUGCAGCUUCUGAACGCUAGCAAUGUACGAAUAUUCGUAAUUGACGCUGCACAAAACAGGGUACAAGCGUUCACAAAUCCGGUUUUCAGAAAAGGUGUUUUCGGAGCAAAAUUUAGUCUGUCGGAUUCAGCGAUUUUAGGUAACUGGCACAUUGAAACGCUUCUUGCCAAUAAUGUUACAAAGAGGUAUGCGUUUGAGGUUGCGGAAUACACACUACCCUCUUUUGAGAUCAUUCUGGAUGUAAAGCCUCAUGUUACUUUUGCUGAAAAGCAAAUAACAGCAUUCUUAGUGGCGAAACAUACGUUCACUGAAGCGGCCAAUGGUAACGCUACGCUUAUAGCUGAAGUGGAAAAUAAUAAAAUAGUAAGGUCAAGAAAUAUUAGCGGUAACACGGCUUUUGUAUUUCACAUCGAAGAUGAUCUCGGAUUAAACGAAGAAAAUGCUGAUCAAACCGUGAAGCUAUUUGUUACCUUUACUGAAGAGGUAACCGGUAAAUCACAAAACGCCACCGCCAUCGUACAAUUGCAUACGGUGCCUUACAGACUACUAAUAAAAACUAAAUCUGAGGAAUUCAAACCGGGCCUACCAUUUACAAUUGAAGCGAUGGUGCAAUUCCACGAUAAAAAUGUGCUUCUCACUGAUAACGAGAACUUAGUUACCGUUGACGUAACGUUGGUAGAGAAAUUAUUUUGUAACUAUACAGAAACGUUCAUCAUAGGCAAACGCAAACGCAAACGACUACCGGUUGUAUUCAAGGAAACCUGUUUUCCAGUACCACCGACUACGAAAAAAUUUAAUGCUUUCCUGAUGAAUGGAACUUCGAAAAUUGAAUUUACAGUUCCUAAGAAUGUUGUUAAUUUAAGUGUAAAUGUAUCGUAUUUGCAAACGAAAAUAUCGAAAAACGAAAUUCUAAGCGCGCCAUCGGAGCGAAACCAUUUCAUUGUGAUCAAGUCAAAGACACAGACGCCGAAGCUGAACGAAAACGUGAGAAUCAACAUUCAAUCGGUUAAGAAUUUCACAGAAUUUUCAUAUCACGUAUUCACCACUCAAGGACGUUUGAUUACUUCAGACACCAUUCAAGUAACGUCCACUCUAGACCAUGAUUUCGAAUUUACACCUACCGACGACAUCAAGAGUAAAAUUAAGAUCAUUGUAUUCUACAUAACGGACUACGGUGAAAUUGUAUUAGAUUCGUUGCUACUUGAGUUCAAAGAGUUAAAGAACUUUGUUGAUGUUCAAAUAUCUGAAGAAUCAGUGGAGCCAAAUGAUGAGAUCCGCAUAGACAUAACAUCGAGUUCAAAUUCAUAUGUUGGACUUCUGGCUUCUGAUCGAAGUCUAUCAGUCUUAAAUAAGAAAGUCAACGACAUCAGCGCUAAAAUAAUUGACGAAAAUAAUUUGGAUGAUUUCUUUAUCUUUCGUCCUGGAUCGGGAAGUUACAUUCAAUUUAGUGCAUCGGAUGACCGUAGUCAGACGUAUAACAAUGAUUGGGACGAGGAACAAAAACCUGAAGAUGAUGAAUUUCGUAAAUCAUUUCCAGAAACAUGGUUUUUCGAUAUGGUUGAUUUUGAUGUUAAUCAAUCAAAGGCAAGCAUAUCCUGGAGGGCCCCAGACACAAUUACUAAUUGGACGAUAAUUGCGUUUUCAAUUAAUCCCACUACAGGCUUAGCAGAAACCAGCAGACCAACCACGCUUAAAGUUUUUAAACCAUUCUUUAUCUCCAUGGACUUACCACAUUCGAUUAUACAAAACGAAAUCGUUUCCAUCCCGAUAUCAGUAUUCAACUACAUGGAAGACGACCAGGACGCACACAUCACAUUGUACAACGAAAAUUCGGAAUUUACAUUUAUUGAAGACGUGUUGCCAGUUGCCAGAAGUGAUAAGCAGAUGACAAAAACGUUAUUUGUGAAGAAGAAUAGUGGAGCUUUAACAUUGUUCAAAAUUCGUGCAAAUCGAAUUGGCUCAAUAAAGAUAAAGGCCUAUGUAACCUCUCUAUCAUCACCUGGAGAUGGGAUAGAACGAAAUUUGCUUGUUAAGCCCGAAGGAAUUACACAGUACAUAAACAAGGCAGUUUUAAUUGAUUUAAGGAACAGCAGCCAGUACACAACCAAUUUAAAUAUCUUCAUUCCUGAUGAAGCAGUCAUUGGUUCGAUAAGGAUAGACGCAUCGAUUAUUAUAGGCGAUGACAUAUUGUGCCAUUUCGGAAAUUUGAAAAACUUAAUAAAGCUACCUGUCGGCAGUAGCGAACAAAAUAUGGUACACUUCGUGCCAAACAUAGUCAUUUUAGACUACUUAAGUGCUGUAAAUAAGUUGACAAAAGAAGUUAAAACUGUUGCCAUCGAAAACUUAGGCGUCGCCUAUCAGAAACAGUUGAACUACAAAAACGGUGACGGCUCAUUUAAUGUCUGGGGAAAAAGGAACGAGACAGGUGGCACCUGGCUAACGGCGUUUAUUGUGAAAUGUUUUUAUCAAGCCAAAAGAUAUAUUUUCGUUGAAGUAGACAUCAUUGCAAAGGGUUUGCUCUUUUUAUCACAAAAACAAUCAGAGGAUGGAAGUUUUGAAGAAGUUGAACACUUAAGGGGCAUCCAAAGAGCUUCAUCAAAUAGAAUCGCUUUGACUGCCUAUGUGCUAGUAACAUUUUUGGAAAAUACCGACAGCAUGGAAAAGCACAACAGCAUGAUCAUCAAAGCAAUCUCUUUUUUAAGUCAAAACUUUAACAAUAUAACCGACAACUACUCCCUAGCAAUCGCCACCUAUGCUUUACAGCUAGCCCAUUUAGCAGACGAGUCAAUCAAAAACACUUUCCUAACAAAACUGGAAGAGGCAGCAGUCAGAGAUGGUGAAACUAUGCGUUGGAAAGCAAGUUCUUUGGACGUUGAGACAACAGCCUACGCACUACAUGCUUUUGUGGCAGCUGGUCGUCUACAGGAUUCAGAACGAAUAAUGAAAUGGCUGGUGGCACAGAGGAACGAGAACGGAGGCUUCAUCUCAACACAAGCCACUGUGGUCGCUUUGCAAGCAUUGUCAAAAGUAGCUGUAAAAAUCUACUCUUCCAAUACUGAUAUGGAUGUUACAAUAAACUCAGUUCUUGAGUUUUCUGUGAAUGAGAGGACAGCAUUACCUCUUCAAAAGAAGAAUCUGCCAACAUCAGCAAGAAAUUUUGAAAUUACUGCAACGGGAAGGGGACUCGGUAUUUUCCAAAUUUCUUACCAGUACAAUAUGGUUAAAUUCAUUGACGAUUACAAAUUCAACAUCAGUCCUCCUGACAUCAGGAACACCGUAGACGAGAAAAAAUUCUACCUCGAAUUUUGCUUUAACUAUAAUCAGGACGAAACGAAUUUAACGUCUAAAAUGGCUGUCGUAGAAGUAAAGUUACCCACUGGCUGUACGUUCAUGGAAAAUUUCAAAAAAGAAUUAGAAUCAACUGAGAGCAUUAAGCGUGUAGACUUCGUUGACACAUCGGUAACCGUUUUCAUAGAUCCUCUGAGUGCAGAUAAUGUUUGUCCACGAUUUCAUUUUUCUAAAGGAAAAUUUGUCGAAUACGCGAAACAUGGAUCGAUAAAAGUGUACGACCCUAACAACAUCAAUCAUCAAGCAGUGAGGCUUUUUAAUCCUAAACAUUUGGCUGAUAUGUACGCAGUCACAUAGUACACUUGAGAACUAUAAAUGAUUCCAACAGAUAACCGGAAAUGAUCACAGUAAAUAUUGUUUUCCGACUAUUUAUAAUAAUUACACUAAUAAACAUCCU